AUGGAGAAUCUGCAAAUCGGCUUGAGAAUGCUGUGCCUAGGAAGAUUCCACUGCGUGUUGCUGCUAGUGCAGCUGCUCGUGCUGCCUUUGCUGCACGCUCUGCCCGUAUCAAGCCCCGAGAUAGCCAACAAGUCGGGCAAGUCCGCCAACAGUGUUCAAGUGCAGCAGCAGCAGCAGCAACAACAGCAGCAGCAACAACAGCAGCAGCAACAGCAGCUACUCAAAGCCAGCUCAAAUGGCCAGGAUGCGCAUCUGAACUCCCUGACUGCGUUUGCCACCAACUACGAUAGCAUAAGCACGGCCCAGGCGCAGCCACAGCCGCAGACAGAGGCCGGCUUCAAGCCCUCCUACAAGCUGCCCGAAAUGGAGACGAACUUCUCGCCCAUGCAGAGCGUCAGUCUGGCCGACAGCCCCACCCUUGCCAAUCUGCCCAGCACGCCCAUGCUGAUGCAGUAUCUGCCGGCGCAGUCGCUGCAGGAUGGCAGCGGCACCGUGCAGUAUCUGCAGCUGAUACCGACGCGCCCCAUCAUCGUGCCCAUCAGCCCGUACCUGACGUCGGCGGCCUCGGCCGGCGUGCAGCCGCCGGUGCCCGCGCUGACGCCCAGCGUGGCCGCCACGCCCGAUUAUGGUGCGCGCAGCGUGCAGCUCAGCCCGCUGCCCGCCAACACUGGCGUCACGGGCCUGCACUACUCAGGCGCCGGCCUGCAGGGCUACGCCAGCGCCAUCUCCCCGGUGGCCGCCUAUCGCAGCAGCUAUCGCAUCAAUCGCGAGGCAAAGGAGAAGAACUUUCCGCCCGCAUUCAGCCUGAAUAUGAAUGAGUAUCUGCCAGCGGCAGCGGCCAAUCACGGUGGCACGCCCACGGGCGCAACAUCCCAUCCACAGCUGUAUAUGAGAACUAGGACAUAG